AUGUCUUCUCCAGUGCAAGAACACGAACUGCGUUCUGCGAAGCCAGGUCUCUCAGAGCAACCGUUGCAAGACGGCAAUGCGACCCAACAAGAGCCCCAUCAGCACCAUGUAGUGGACGUUGAGCAUCGGAACUCUGCGUGGGUCUGUGUCCUCGGAUCCUUCCUAUUUCUCAUGCCUUCUUUCGGUUUUAUGCAAUCUUCGGGGGCAAUACAGUCAUUUCUCUUAGAGAAUCAAUUGAGAGACUAUUCCGCCCGAGAUGUUGGUUGGAUUACAGGGGUUUCCAGCUUUCUUACGAUGCUUCUCGGUAUUCAGGCAGGACCACUGAUGGAUGUUUACGGGCCAGGGCUGCUAGGGCCAAUUGCAGCUGGUCUACUCGUUCUAAUGUUCUUCCUACUCGCCGAAUGCGCAAAAUUCUGGCAUUUCAUACUCUGCUUAGGCGUCCUGGGAGGUAUCGGUAAUGCUAUUGCUACAACUGUAGGCAUUGCUGUGAUUGGGAAACUCUUCAAUCGUCGCAAGGGGCUAGCACUCGGUAUCGCCCUGUCUGGCUCCUCUACUGGCGGGAUCAUAUUUCCAUUGGCUCUUCGACAGAUGUUCCCCAUGUGGGGAUGGAAGUGGUCGAUGAGAGUCAUGGGAGUUUUAGCUACCCUUAUCAUGAUCUUAGGCAUUGUUUGCCUCCUUCCUUUCGAGAGACUGAAUGCCAUAGUAGCGAACGAGGGAAUCGCUACUGAAAGGAGUAGAAAGAAGGCUGUGAUGGACUUCUCUGCUUUCAGGUCGGUACCUUUCUCGCUAAUCUGCGGCGCUAUAGCGCUUCUCGAGUUCGUCAUCUUUGGUGCUACGGCAAUACUUCCAACCUUGGUGGCUUUGUCGGAGUUCUCAAUGGAACAUGGCUUCAACAUGCUAGCUAUCCUCAACGGAUUUUCGUCUCUUGGACGUAUUUUUCCAGGGCUGGUAGGGGAUCGCCUUGUACAUUACAAUAUCCUCCUAGUCAUGAUCGUUUUCACAAUUGCCUGCACUGCCGCAUCGCUCACUGCAUUUGGAUCGACCCGGAUCGACGCCUUAUAUGCUUUCUCAGCUCUAUGGGGCUUCGGAACCGGAUCGUUCUUGUCACUUGCGCCUGCCUGCGUGGCUAAAACUUGUGAGCCGAAAGAUUAUGGAAGAUACUAUGGGACGAUGAACUUCGUCAUCAGCUUCUCACUUCUUUUGACGAUGCCUAUUGGCGGUCAGAUGCUAGAAUCUCUUGGAUCUACUGCCUUAUCAGGACUCUAUCUUGCGGUUGUAUUUGCCGGAGGUACACUAGUCUAUGUAGGACGCUCCGUUGUAGUGGGCUCUUGGGCCAAUGUCCGAGAAAGGAUAUAG